CGUCAUUGUCUUCCGGUCGUGAUGUGCAUUUAGAGUGAUAAUUUUGCAUUUGUUGGUCAGUGAGUGUAUGUGAAGUUAAGGACGAUCCUGCCCAUAUUGUUGCCCAACAGCUGUGACAAUAUUUUCAAACGAGCAUGAAAUAAAAUGAAAUUUAGGUCCUAUCAGAUAACGCCGGAGCAAGUGAGGCUGCUUCUGUUCAAAGAGUGCGACUGGCGUGGCAGGAAACUUUUAUUUGAUUCAUCCACGAUUGACAAAGUACCCGCUAGCAAGAAUGACAAGGCCAUCAGACAGCCUGACGAUGCACCCUGCAUCGUGGAGGUUGCAAAUGGAUACUCUUAUGUGUAUAAGGGACCAGCAACAGAUGCGAGCGUACUCGGUGAGAUGAUAUUUGGAGCUGUGGCCAUGAACUACAAGGGCGUCUCACUGAAAAUUCACAUUAUGGAAGAACCUAGAAGGUUAAUGUGUGCGAAAGUGUUCUGUGUACCAACUUCGCAUCGAAUAAGUCGCGUGGAUAGAAAAAUAAGUGAAGUAAACAGUACAGAAGACAUACGACGUUAUUCGACGCCUUUAAACGUGCCUGCGUUAAGAGAGGAGGGUGUAGAACUGAGUUUUACACUCGAUCGAGGAGAUUCAGGUUUCUGUGGCGACCAAUCAUCGUACGGCAGCGUGGGGUCUAUGUGCGAUUACUUCUCCAUGUUUGAUAUCUGGGAUAGAAACAAUAAUCAAGAAGACUUCUGUUUUCAUUCACCACCGGGACGCAAACUGAGCACAUCAAGCAACGGUAGUUGGCAGCGACGAACUUUUCAGAACAUGGCGACAAAGUUCGAGCUGGGCCGUCAGAGUUCGAACCUACUCAGCGUCCCUACUGCCAGCAGCAAUGUUACUAGUAACGAUUCACAAGUAUUUUCAAGCAGUUCGGCAAGCGGUACUAGUGAUAGUCUGACAAGCUCCGUGUUCAACGUUCCACAGAAAAAGAAUAAGUUAGGGCUGGCCCUUCUCAUCACUGUUAGCGAUUCUUCAGAGAUGGAUGAAGUUAGAAGAUGCGUAGAACACUCCCCGCAGCUGCAAGCUUUAGUCUGCAGGUUGCGAUUGGCUACUCUAGCGGCUGGUGCAGGAAACACUUUUGUGUCUACGCUACAACACGCUACUGUGGACGCCGCCAGAUGGUUAUCAGACCUGCUGUAUGGGCCGCGAGUACCGUCGACGUGGUUACUCCUUUCGAGGAGCGACGGUCGCCGAGCCACACGCCAAGCAGACGCGUUGCUGGCUGACCUCUGCUCCGUGCUUUCUGUGGCAGACACCAAGCAUACAAACUUUUUCAUCAGCACACUUCUAACUCACGUCCUAACGUAUCACCUUGGCUGGGUCACCACAGUCAGUCCUUACGAUACUCCGAUUCCGCAGAAACAUGGUCCAGACUAUCCCAGUGCCUCUAAAAGAACUUACAACGCACUUUGGGCUCAGCUUAGCGAUCUCUGUGGCAGCAUCGGCUUCCCACCUCGAGCAGCCAGGACCAUCAUCAGCGGCACAACGAACGCGCAAUUUGUCAAUAGACUACUUGUUGUUCUCACAUACUUCAUGCGCUCCGGUGACAUCAGAAAAAGUAACUUUGAAUUUCGAGACUGUGUGGUCAAAGAAACUAAAGUUAUCAGUGUAAACACACCCGAAAUGUCAGGUCUGAGAAGAGUUACCACAGUGAAUACAUUCAGAGAUGGGAUUCAUGGGAAAACUUUGAACGUGCCGUCGGUGAAUACUCUAGUUAGUGAUAGUAGUAGUAGUCCAACGUACUCAACGUUGGUUGCGAGCGACACUUGCAGCAAGCGCUCCGCGACUCUCGCCAGUCUCGGACAAAAGCUCUCUACUGGGUCAAACAUCGCUGUCAGCUCUAAACCCAUGACCAGCCAACUUAAAAGAAAUCCCACGAUGAUGCUCUCGCCACAAGGUUCCUCGGGUUCUAGUCUCGAUUCAUCGGCGUCUGAGGAACCAGAGCCGGAGCAAAAAGUUGUCUUCGUCCUCGGCGAUGACGAGAAGUUAAUCGGCCUGAAGAACAAGUCCAAUGGUGGAAAAAGCGUGAAACGGUCUUCCAAGGUGCACAAUGAGCCCGUGAACCUGGAGGGAGACAAACAGAAGACUGACGAUGUCUGUUCCAAAGAAAACUGUGAUCAAAAGUCGAAGAACUCUGGUAGUCCUUCGAAGUGCUGCGGGCAAACACUUCAACAUUCCAAAUUAAUAAAACAUUCCGGUUUUAAGUUCGAGUUCGAUAAGUAUCCUCAGAUAGUCACUAAUUAUAUGAAAAGUAAAAACUUAGAGAUUCUAGAUAGACAUUAUAUCGGUAAGCCGGGUAAUUUGAAGCUGGAUAACUACCAGUUCGAUCCGAUGGUAGUGCCGCCGAUACCGGAGGAGAAGUGUGAGAUUUGUUACAAGUGCCAGCAAAUGGAGUCUAUGUUGCAAACGCCUACCAAUGCCUCUGAGAUGGAAUACAUGAAUGACAUGCCGCGUCAAUCCGAGCCGCAGUUCGCUAAAGUGUCGAUUGUUAACGAGCGAGAUGAGAAUCGUGAGAUUUCGCCGAAAACGUUUGUGCGGAAAAGAAAGGAGAACACAAUAGUAGUGAACAUCAAGAAGCAAGAGGAAUCGAAACCACUGUCGAGUGGUUCGCCGGAGAUGAGUAGGCUCGAAAUACGGAGGGCGGAAAGAGCGAAAGAGAGGGAACGCGAAUUGCAAGUGAGACAGGUGCUGGAGUUCCCGAUGCCAAACAUACGCUCCGCGCCGGAGAGAGACAAAAUCCAGACGGGGUUCGACGCCACGCUGCUGGGUGGCGUCACCGAUCACUAUGUACCUGAUCUAAUUUUACAAGGAACAAUAGCAAGUCCUCAAUCAUGGGAGACGGAGCUUAAGCGUGACCUGGAUCUAACGUCGUACCUGAACAAAACAUUAGAAUCGCCGGUCCAAGCCGUCGCCAUUAUAGGAGAUACUAGCACUUGGGAGGUCCGUGUGGUAGGCCGCGAUUGCGGCACGAGCGGGAUGUCUUCUCUUGUUGGAACCAUGUUGGAUGCACUGCCGGCCAUGUGGAAAGCCAAGGUUCCCGCGCAUCAGUGUCUACUAUUCUUAGAAAGUAAGCUUCGUGAAUUCUGCGUACUUUCCAAAACUUUAGCCGACAUGUUGAUGUCCACCGACCUAUGUGACAUCGCGACUUUGACAAAAUCCCUCAAUAUUGGUGUCAACGACGUGCCCUUGUUGCUAGCUGUAGCUACAACGCAUACACCGCAAGUAGCUCAUAGAUACGGCAUUAGUUAUAGAUAGAUUUUGUUGGAAAAAAUUUCGGCUUAUUUACAAGACGGUACAGUAUUUUCUAGAGUCCUAACUUCGUAAUCAUUCGAGUUGUGCGGAUUUGCAUUGCUAACCUAUUUCAUUACAAUGUAUUAUUUACAGGGUUAGAAAUUAUAAAUAUAUAUUUUUUGAUAAUUUUCAAGGUAAUUAUCUGACAAUAAUAAUCCGAUAAUAAUCCAUGGUGAUUCCUAGUUUUGUCACAUUAAAUGACAAACUAAUUAAACACGAAGAAAAAUCUUUGGGAGAACGAUUUGUUUUGUAACUAUUUUUGAGAUUGACAUUUGACACGUUUGGAUACGUCUCGGAUACAAACACAUAGCACAACAUUGCUAGCGGUACUAUUUUUGUUGCUCCAAUCAAUUUUAUAAAUAUCAAGUUAUAUUUAUCAAAGUUAUUGUCGUGAAUCAUUAUUUCACAUUUUUCUCCUUAAUCAGUUUGUCACUACAAUUAAAAAUUUACUUAACCACUUGUCUGAAGUAAUGUAAUAUAAAUAAGGUGUCAAUUCGGUUUGCAGUGUUUGAAAUAUGUUGGCAAAUGCAAUCAUCGAACUCGAAGAGUUCCGAAACUUCGACUUCAGAAAAUUAUAUGACGCUUUAUGAUAAUACAUAUGUAUAUAGGGAGGUAGCUAUACUACACAAAACGACAUAACGUCGCCUUACUUUCUCAAAAUCGUAUCUUAAAGCACAAGUUACUGAAAUGCAAAAAAUGGAUUGUAUAUACAAACUUUUCUACAGUUACAGAAGGAGCUGAUUUCACAUCACAUUUCCUUUAUAUUCACUCACUGGCUUUUACCUAUUCUUAAAGUAAUGCAUCAAUAUAAAGUUUUGCCUUCACCUGAAUAAUCACUCAUUAUAAGAUAUGAAUUUGAGAAAGACAAGACAAGUUCACCGCUGUUUAUUGUCAAAAUGUGUACCAUCAUGCACCAUAUCGACACUUUUUAUAUGUUUUCAUUAUUUCAUAUGUUCGUGAGAAAUAUUUCGACACAUCCGAAGAACAUAGUCCGAUGUGAUUAUAUAGCGAAAAGAAAGUAAGUACGUUACGAGAAUAAUUUCGUUAUUCAGACAAGGCCUAUUGUAAAGGUGUUUUGAGGAUUUAUAUAUCUUAUUUCGUUUCGGAAAUAUAAAAUCAUACAAGUCGAUCUGACAACUACAGCGAAGAAGAACGACCGAAAUGUACUAUGUCGAGAGAACAAGUAGUCUUGCACAUAGGUCUUUGUUCUACGGAUGAGACGAUUUCUUAAAAUAGAAUUUUUAAGCGGUGAAUUUUUAUGCUUGUAAUUUAUGCCCCAUAAUUUACACUCUAAAAAUAGAAUUGUAAUUGGAUUACCUAGUUCCAAAACUGUAUUAAUGAUUCUGAGUACUUUACCAAUAAGUUUAUAUAAAAGUCAGUGAGUCUGUCUUUCCAAAGCUGUAUUCAAAUAAUUGGAAAAGAGUUAAGGCGAGACAUUGCUCUGUGAUUUUGUUGUUUAGCUUGAGAUUAUUCUGGUUUGUGAUGUGUAUCUUAUCGAGUCAAGGGAUUGGUGCAAACUAAUAAACAUAUAGUAAAGAUCGACCAAAAAAUUCGGCCUUUACUCGGCACCAAGUCCGAGGCCAAGUUUAACUUAUUGAUGUAGUAAUUUUUUCUAAACCGGUUUAGGUUUAGUUUUCUGAGUGGUCCAAUCAGCGUUAAAGUGUUAAGCAUUAAAAAUGUGUUUAUUUCUUAAAAUUCAACCUCAUAUCAAUUGUUUGUAAAUAAAUUUUAGUUGCAACAAAAAGUACACUGUCUUUAAAGUGCUCAUUGUAAAAAUAUUUCAAGAACCAACACAAACACGUGAAACGUUUUAAUUACGAUUUAAAAUUUUUUGGUCCAUAUUUACUAAGUAAUAUGUAGUUGUAAGAAGCGACAAAAAAUAUUGAUAUCGGAUUGUUACUGAUUUUGUUGUGUGUUGUACGUAGUUAACUAGCAUUAGGCCCCUGACACAACGAAGGCUGCGAUGCGGGCUUCAUUCAUAGAUAAUAAUAUUGUGAACGUGUUAAACGAUUCCGUACAAACUGCAAGAAUUUGUUUACGCUCCAACGCCAUCAGCUUCCAUACAUUCAUCGUAGGGAGCGGUAACAUGUUCAAAAUCAAAAUGCUUUCAGCUACAUGAGGCCAGCCUCGUUAAAAUAUGUUUUUGUCUUUUUUAAUUUAGGUAAAGCGUAAAAAAAUAUAACAAGAUAAUAAUACCUACUUUUGCACAUAUUUUACGAGCUUUUUGUAAAAUACUAACUACCUCGCAGGACUAUAUUACUAAUAUCUAAACAACAACUUUUGUUCCGCGACCAAACCAAAUACCAAGACAAAACGUAAUAAAUUUACCAAAUAUAAACUUGUUAAGUUUUUGUUGCAGUUUGUCACUUUUUAGAUCUGUAUUUGGUAGUAAGUUGUUCAGGGAGUCGAUCGAGUAAUAAUUUUGAUUAUGGGUGCUUUCUUUUGUUACCGCACAUGUUUAUAUGUGAUAACCCUCACGGUUUAGAGCGAUCUAUUUAAAUAUUAUUAAAGAACGAACGAAAGUAAAAUUUGAAGACUUAUUAAGUCAUUGAACAAAAGUUGUUGUUUAUAAUGUUAAUAAUGUUACUCUGCGAGGUUGUUAAUGUUUUACAAAUACCCUGUAUGUGUAAUCCUGGCUCUCCAGUUAGAUUUGGGCUUAUUGGAUUGAAUAUUCUUGUCCUAAUUUCUUCUGACGUUUCGAACAUGAUGGUAAAUGUUAUCACUAUCGCAUCCAUUACAAAGUAACAAAGAAAUUUAUUUUAAAUAAUGUAAAACACGCAACAAAAUCGGCCUUAUUAUAUUGUUAUUUUUUUCUAUUCUCUUUCUUUUAUAUUUGUAACGAUCAAACUUUUUCAUAGAUGCCAGUUGUAUUACAUUUUUUGCUGAUAAAGCAUGGCAGAUUUAUAAAUGCAUACCUAGUAUGAAUUAUUGUUAUAAGUUUUUUACAUUAUAAUCUAAAUUAUAUUAACAGAUGUAGUUCUCUAGCGAUUGCAACACAUUGGAAAUGUCACUAUUUUUUCGGUUCUAAAAACCGAAUUUGGUUUUUUCAAACAAACCAACCAUUCAAGCUCUUUGUGGAGCCCAUGGUCACGGUUCACUGAGAUGGUAAAGUCAUCAAUUAUGUUAUGUGUAAUGUAAUGUGUAAUAUGUGUAA